GGGGCUGAAAUUUUCUCCAUCUCAUAAGGUUGCUUUUUUAUUGGUGACCUUUUUUUUUCCUCUCAAUUCAUGGAUACAACUAAUCAAUGGACUCAGGAGAUUGGAGGGUUGAAAAGUAUGGGUGAGAUAGCUUCCAGUCCAUGCUCCAGGCCAGUGGUGCAGGAAAGAAAGGUUAGGCCACAAAAGGAUCAAGCCCUGAAUUGUCCACGGUGUCAUUCAACUAAUACCAAGUUCUGCUAUUACAACAACUAUAGCCUUACUCAACCAAGAUACUUCUGUAAGACCUGCAGAAGGUAUUGGACUGAAGGUGGAACUCUGAGGAAUGUUCCAGUUGGAGGAGGCUCAAGGAAAAACAAAAGAUCUACUACUACUAAUACUUCAUCCCACAAACAUCCUGAUCUGAACCCUCCGACCAUCACUCACUUCGCUUCUCAAAACCCUAAGAUCCAUCCUCAAGGCCAAGACCUUAACCUAGGUUUCCCAGCUUCACAAGAUUAUCAUGGUCAUGCUUCUAAAAUAUUUGAACUACCCAAAGUUGAUGUCAGCGGCUGCAAUCAGCUAAAGUCUUCAUCUUCUGCAUCCUCAGCUCCAUUCGCCGCCCUAGAGUUUCUAAGGACAGGAAUUGUUUCGAGGGGGAUGAAUUCCUUCAUCACAAGUACGAUCCCAGCUGUGGACCUAAAUGCUCUCUAUAACGCUCAAGGGUUUCAAUUCCAAGAUUUGAAGCCAGCAGCUGGCGUCAGUUUUUCUGUUGAUCAUCAUGGGCUUGGAAAUAGGUUUGUUAAUGCUCCUAGCGGGAUCCAAGAAAAUGGUGGGCGACUAAUGUUUCCUUUUGGAGCAGUCAAACAAGGUACAAGCACAAGUGCAGUCGAUCAGAAUAAGGGACAAUCAGAUUCAAGUGGAUAUUGGAAUGGAAUGUUGGGUGGGGGAUCAUGGAUGUAAAGGUAGUGAUCCAAGGACAAAUCAGAUGCGGAGUCUCUUCCUUCUUCCAUCUGGGGCUACUAAUACUUUCUCUUUAGUAACAAGAUUUUUUUUUUUUUGAUCCUCCCUUUUUUUUUUCCUUUCUUUUUGGUACUUUCCCUUUUCUUUUGGUUUAGUUACGAAUUUGGAGUUGUUCAGAACUAACAUAUUCACCUAUGCAAUUUCUUCUUCUCAUUUCAAUGUAAUGUA